AUGCUUUACGCCAUUGCACCUCUCGCCCUCGCGGCCAUUGUCGCCGCCAACCCAAUGCCUCAGGCCAGCUCCGGCGAGUGCUCUGAGAACUACCCAGGAACUUUCCAGAUCCAGGUUGUGAACCAGACCACCCCAACCAAGCGCAUGGCAUUCGAGAAGCGUCAAUCCAAGGCUCUCACCAUCACCCUCGAGAACGGUGUCCUCACCGACGACCAGGGACGCACCGGUUCCAUCGUCGCCAACGAGCAGUUCCAGUUCGACAACCCCGUCCAGCCUGACGCCAAGUUCACCUCUGGCUUCUCCGUCUGCAAUAACGGCUCUCUCUCCGUCAGUGGUGACUCCACGUUCUACCAGUGCUUGAGCGGCACCUUCUACAACCUCUACGACGAGGCCACCGCCGAGCAGUGCAGCCCAGUCUACAUCCAGGUCAUCAACGCCAUGGGCGGUGCUACCCCAUCCAUGCCCGUGUCCCAGAUCCCCGACGGCCAGGUCACCGGCUCUCCCGUCUCCCAGAUUGGUGACGGUCAGAUCCAGCAGCCAACCGGCAACCCAAUCACCCAGAUUGGCGAUGGUCAGAUCCAGGCCCCUACCGGCUCUCCCGUCACCCAGAUUGGUGANAGCCAACCGGCAACCCAAUCACCCAGAUUGGCGAUGAUCCAGGCCCCUACCGGCGCUCCCGUCUCCCAGAUUGGUGAUGGCCAGAUCCAGGCCCCUACCGGCUCUCCUGUCUCUCAGAUCGCCGACGGCCAGAUUCAGGCCCCAACUGGCGCUCCCGUCUCCCAGAUCGCCGACGGUCAGAUCCAGGCCCCAACUGGCGCACCUGUCUCUCAGAUCGCCGACGGCCAGAUCCAGGCUCCUACCGGCAACGGCACCAUGCCAAUGACCCCAUCUGCCACCUACUCUGCCCCAGCUGAGUACUCCGGCGCCGCUUCCCAGCUCAGCGCUGGUCUCUUCGGUGUCGCUGGUCUCGUCGCUGUUGCCAUGCUUUAA